AUCCUAAAGAAGAAAAUGGAAUUAUUUUUGGAGGUUUUACAAUUUAUACCAGAUAAACCCGACAUCCAAAACAUGAGACUCUUAUCGCUCUUCCGUUCACUCCACUACUCCAACACCAAAGCUCACACUGUCUCGACCCGAUUCGCCGCCCGUAUCCGCUCCAUGGCCACCGCUAUCGAUGCCGUCAAUCCGUCGAACACUCGGCUGGGAUGGAUUGGCACCGGCGUGAUGGGCCGAUCAAUGUGUGGCCACUUGAUUAAGGCGGGAUAUAAGCUCACCGUCUUCACCAGGACUCCGAGCAAAGCCCAAGAGCUCAUUUCCAUGGGGGCGCAGUGGGCUGAAACUCCGAAAUCCGUCGCUGCUCAAUCCGACGUCGUAUUCUCCAUCGUCGGCUACCCCUCCGACGUCCGCCACGUCAUCCUCGAUCCCAAUUCCGGCGCCCUCUCCGGCCUAGGUCAAGGCGGCGUCGUGGUGGACCUGACCACCUCCGAGCCCUCCCUCGCGGUUGAAAUCUACUCCGCCGCGACCUCCGCCGGCUGCUCCGCGAUAGAUGCCCCCGUUUCGGGCGGCGAUCGGGGAGCCCGCAACGCCGCGCUUUCAAUCUUUGCCGGCGGGGACGAAACCCUAGUUCAGCGCCUCUCUCCCAUCUUUUCCCUCAUGGGUAGGGUUUAUUACAUGGGUGCCCCUGGAAAAGGCCAAUUCACAAAACUAGCUAAUCAAAUAACCAUAGCUUCGGGUAUGGUUGGGCUUUGUGAAGGCCUUAUAUAUGCCCACAAAGCUGGUUUGGACUUGGAACUAUAUCUCAGUGCAAUUUCAACUGGAGCCGCGGGCUCAAAAUCAUUGGACUUGUAUGGGAAUAGAAUACUGAGCAGAGAUUUGGAUCCCGGGUUUUAUGUGAAUCACUUUGUUAAGGAUUUGGGUAUCUGCUUAAAAGAAUGCCAAAACAUGGGUUUGUCAUUGCCAGGAUUGGCAUUGGCUCAGCAGCUUUAUCUAUCACUUAAGGCUCAUGGAGAGGGUGAUUUAGGUACCCAAGCUCUUGUUUUGGCACUGGAAAGGCUUAACAAUGUAUCACUGUCAAGUUCUUCAAAAGGAAAAGCUUAGAUGAAGAGUAAUGCAUGACUUGCCCAUUCUAGUUCUUUGGGUAUAUGGCUCUGGGUGUAGUAUUUUGCACUAUGGAGUUUGGAAACUGCAGCAGUGGCACAGUGCUUGUAGAAAUGCCUGACUAUUUGUCUAUUUAAAUAAGAUUGUUGGUUUCAUUUUUCAUUGAAACUCAUAGCUAAUGUAUAUUUGCUAUCAGAAACAAUGGUAGAAGACGAAUUUAUAAUGAUUUAAAGUGUGAAACUCCUUUGGUAACUUGAAAAUAGUUUAUGGUGAGAGAGGAGUAAUUGUAAUCUAAUACUAUAGUACAUGGGGCUAGUGAGCAAUCGUGUAAGUUAUCAAGCUCUAGUGAUAUAUUGUACAGGUUAACGGCAAAUAUGUAUUGUGGCAGCUAAGUUAGCUUAGAAAGAUGUUGGAACUA